UUAUGUACAAACAGUAAAAUUUUUAAUUUUUAUAAAAUAAAUUACACAAACACAAACGUAUUUAUUUAAUAAUUAAUUAUGCUAUUUCGAUUUAUCGCCUUAAAUGGUGUUACAAUUCAAAGAAUUUUGUCCAAGAAUUAUUGUUCAAAAGUACCUUCCAAGCCUGUCAGUACAGUACAAAAUGAUGAUAAAAAUAAAAUAUGCAUUGAUCCGAGUACUAUAACGCUGCUUGAAAGACUUUCACUAGUAAAGUAUGAUACUCCAAAAGGAAUAAAAGUAUUGGAAGAUUCAAUAACUUUUGCCAAUAAAAUACUUCAUAUAAACACUGACAAUAUAGAACCUCUUUAUACCACCCUAGAAAAUGAAAACCUCAAUCUUCGUCCUGACAAGAUUACACAAGGAAAUUGUCAAAAGGACAUAUUAAAAAAUGCUACAGUGAAAGAGGAUGAUUACUUUGUGGCUCCGACUGGGAAUAUACCAUUGCUCGAAAUAGAAAACAAAGAACUUCCUUUGAAGGCAACCAACAAAAAUGAAAACUGAAAUUCUUAAAGUUUUAAACCUGAAAAAAUUC